GGCCCUACUUUACCGGCCGCGAUUUGAAAAAAUAAACAAAAUGGCGUCCCUUUAAAAAGUAUCAAAAUUCGAAGUGAAAUUUUCGUGUCACAGUCAAUUAAAAUACUAUGAAUAAGUAAUUUCGGCGCAACGGACCCAAAUUUUCAGUUACCCAUUACAUUGGCCAAGAUGGAAAAAAGUAUCGGAGACAACGGCGACGAGAUAUCAACGUCAAGUGUGAGCAGUUCGGAGUCGAUCAAUUUCGCGUCAAAGUUGCCCCAAGCUGAAUUAAAUCGUAUCGCGUCCAAACCUAUCGUGUUCUCCUGGCGCCCCCCAGACUUCCCCGAAGACUCCCUCGACAAUGCCUCGUCCCAGUGCAUGCUGUUCGACAGCCCCCUUUCGGAGGCGGAAAAGAGCAAAGUGAUAACCCAAGAACCGACAGUGCCCCCCGACACGUGGCUCCUCGGUGGCACCCUCGGCAAUCGUCACGCAACUCUAGUUUUUAAAAGUUCAGCUCUGGCAAACUGUACUCAAAAAUCAAUUCAAGAAAAACCAGGCCACAAACUUCACAUCACGUACAAAGUACUUCAAGCCGAAACGAAACUCCUUUCAAAGUUAUUGGAAUGUCAUGGAAUCGUUGAAGUUGCACCGAACUCGUCCGAUUUUAAUCUUUUAUGGACGGGUUCGCACCCGAAACCGGGCGCUUUGCGAUCGUUAGCCCCCCAUCAGCGGGUCAAUCAUUUUCCACGCUCUUACGAAUUGACCAGGAAAGACAGAUUGUAUAAAAAUAUCGAGCGGAUGCAGCACUGCAAAGGCUACAAACAUUUCGAUUUUAUUCCGCAAACUUUUGUAAUGCCGACCGAAUUUGGGGAGUUGUGCUCGACGCAUCAUCGCAUCAAGGGGCCCUGGAUAGUCAAGCCAGUGGCGUCGAGUCGGGGGCGAGGUAUUUUUAUUGUCGAAACACCAAAUCAAGUGCCUCUGGAAGAGCCGGUCGUUGUGGCCAAGUAUAUAUCGCGACCGUUGCUUGUCGCUGGUCACAAAUGUGAUUUGCGAUUAUACGUCGCUGUUACGUCGUUUGAUCCUUUGCUUGUUUAUAUUUACGAAGAAGGUUUAGUCAGAUUUGCUACCGUCAAGUACGAUUCUAGUCAUAAACAGCUGUGGAAUCCCUGUAUGCAUCUGUGUAAUUAUAGCAUAAAUAAGUAUCAUAGUGAUUAUGUCAAAUCGGACGACCCGAGCGCCGAAAACGUGGGUCAUAAGUGGACACUGAGUGCCCUUUUGCGACAUUUGAAAGCCGAGGGGAAAAACACGGCGGUUUUAAUGUCACAGGUCGAGGAUUUGGUCAUUAAGGCCAUCCUGGCAUCGGCCAACUCGAUCAUUUCGGCCUGCAAAAUGUUCGUCCCGAAUCCGAACAACUGUUUCGAACUGUACGGAUUUGAUAUUUUGAUUGAUGCCAACUUAAAGCCGUGGCUUUUGGAAGUGAAUCUAUCGCCUUCUUUGGGCUGCGACAGCCCGCUAGACGUGCGAUUGAAAUCGGCCAUGUUGUCUGAUCUUUUAACACUUGUGGGAAUCCCCGCAGUUGACCCGAUUCUACGGCCCACAACCAACAGUCUCACAUCGGCCAGUAUUAAAUCAAGUAGUCGAGUCAAGCUUGGACAUUGCCGGAGGGUUCAUUCGGCCGAUGGCUUGAGCAGUACUUUACCGAGGAAAAAUUCUUCGAUCCACGGCGAUCGGCUAUCGUCGAGUGCUUUAACGCUAACACCCGAAGAAACACGAGCGAUUAAAUUGGCCAAAAGUCAGUUUGAACGCCGAGGCGGCUUUGUCAGGAUUUUCCCGGCCCUUGACAGUUGGGCGAAAUAUUCGCAGUAUUUAGAUCCGGCCACCGGUAUCCCGAUCUCUGGCAAUAACAACUCCUACACGAGUUAUAACCUAUCCGGUGCCCACAAUUACAACUUGUUACUUUACACACAUUUGUUUCCCGAUGCACCUGUCAAUACAAAACUGACGGAUAGGUCAAGUCUGAGGUAUAGUUCGUUGGACCGGAAACGCGACCUCUCAUUGGACAGCCACACAGGCUCGUCAUUGGCGCGUCAAGACCGAUACGAGCGUCAGUUGAGCCAAGGACAUCGACAAUCACUUGCCCCCCAAAAACAACUAAAAGAGGGGCGUUCGAUUGAGUUGCGCAAGCAAAUCGUUGACAUGUUGAGAAAUGGCAAAAAAAUGACGCAAAGCGAGACUCGGAAGACUUUCAGUCAUUACUUAGUGUGUGUGUUACGCCGGAUUUCCUCAGGGCCGGACCAGGAGGACCACAUGGAAAUCGUGUUGAAGUUUUUGCAGAAGGCGUCAAGUUAUCUGCGGACGCCUUACCAAGUCAAGACGCCCAGCCAGAGCCUGGAUUACAAGGAUAGGGCGGCCGUGGUUGCGAAACAAUUGAACGAUUUCCUGUACUUGUACAAUCGGGAGACGGAGCUGUUUGUUGAUAAGACGGAAAAGCCGAGCCAGAUUCCGGCCAAACUGUAUGCCGAGUUUUUGGAAAAUGCAAGGGAGUGCGAUCUGGAGGAGAUUUUGGUGCACCAGACGACGCAGACAGUGCCAACGCACGGGGGCAGGACGGGGUUCCAGGGGGUGCUGAAGUGCAUCCCCAACGUGCCCAAGUCGUGCGGCCUGAAGCCCCCGUACAAGACAACGACGAAGGGCAAGGGCGUCAAGGUGGCGUCCUUGUCUUGAUUGUUUUGCACUUGUUCGUAAUUUGUCGGAAUAAUACUCUUGGUUGAGACUUGUUGAUUUAUUCUAGUUUUUAAGGGUUUUGGUUCGUUUGAAUGUUUAUUUUUCUAUUAUUACCAAAGUUCAUUCCAAGCCAUUUUUUUUUGAUUGAGUACAAUUUUUCAACGAAACCAGUGAUAAUGAAUGUACUUUGCUUACAACUAAGCUGCUGCCAAAUAAAUAUUUUUCAUACGUAAAAUCACGUGUAGUGACUAGGAAUUUUUACACUCGUAUUGUGAUAUGAAUGGAAGUGCUUGAGCUAUUUUCGAUACUUGUUACACUGCUGUUUGACGGUUUUUCUACAUUUAAGAGUACUUAGGUCUUGCUCAAAUUUUUGCCUAAACUUUGUUGGUUUUUUUUCUAGUGACUGGACGUUAGGUAGGAACAGAUUUUGUACACUACUAGUUUUACACUUUGAGCACAAGCAAUGUUGUUGUGGUUGGUCGUUGUUUCGCUUAAUAAAACUCUGAAAUUAC